CACUGCCUGCCACCAUCUCUGCGAUCCUGCGCUCUCUCUCGCCGGCUCCGCCGCUCCUUCCUCCCUGAUUGUCCCUCUCGGUGCGCGAUAGUGCCACUGAUACCCACUUUACAGCGUGUCUGUGGAAAGUCAGCCUCUCUCUCUAAGUCUGUGCGUCCCUUGCUCACCCUUGUCCUCCUCUCUGGUUGCGCUGUGGCAAACUAACAAACAGAGGAGGUGUUAACUACUUUUUUUUGUUGCUUUUCCUUUUACGCGCCCUCCCGUUAUCUCCCGGUUGCUGCCGCGCAUUCGCGAAAAAGGGCCGGUGCCGCACUGAUGAUACUACUCCGCAGAAAAGUUUUCGGUUGUUGUGAGGAUAAAAAAGAAAGAAGAAAAAGCCGGAAACCAAGCAGCCGUCUGCAAUAGAAGCGGAUUCUCGCCACGGAGAGACUCCCAUGCUGUAGUUGAAUUCCCUCUCGUUUCCCUCCUUGUCUGUUGGGACCUGGGAGGAAAAUCUGCUAUCCUCUUAUUGGAUUGGCUGUUUCACUUUGGCAGCUCUUCACUUGCCGCCCUGUGGCUUGUUUGGGGAGUCUCUCCUUUGAUGUUGGAUGGUAGUCUGCAAACCUUUGAAGCUCAACUAGAGCGUCUCACUGCACUACUCGAUUCUGCGUGAGAUGCUGACUGACUGAAAAUGAGGAGCAAGAUUUGAUGACCCAUAGAUUUCCUUACUCCUUUGACCAUUUGGCUUCGACAUCAGAUCCAGCACUCAUAAGCAAGAAAAGCUUUUACUUGCUCUUUCCCUGGAAGACAACACCUAUCUUGAUUAUAAGAACAAACCAGUCCAGAAAUCUUUAGGGGCAACAACCUAAAUGAUCUGAACUGACUCAUUCCUAGGUGAAGUUGGUUGUUGACAUAUUGUAUGACUGGACGUUCUUGAGAUCCCUCCUCCAAAGAAAAAAACACCUCAGUCGCCAUCUUAGGUUUCCUGCAUGUCCUCAGACCCUUUCCAAGGGCCUUGAGUGUCGUCUUCAGUUUCUCUGAGGAGGAUUCCUUUCCUCCUCCACCUAAAAUCUUAAAGACAUCCUUUGACCGCCCAAACAUGGACCUCCACCGGGCAGCCUUCAAGAUGGAGAGCUCCUCCUAUCUCCCAAAUCCUCUUGCCUCUCCUGCCCUCAUGGUGUUGGCCUCCACGGCUGAAGCUUCCCGUGAUGCUUCAAUUCCAUGCCAGCAGCCUCGUCCAUUUGGCGUCCCUGUUUCUGUUGAAAAGGAUGUCCAUUUGCCGUUUAAUAAUGGCUCGUACACCUUUGCGUCAAUGUAUCACCGCCAAGGUGCAGUUCCACCAGGAUUUCCCAACAGGGACUUUCCUCCUUCUCUCCUCCACCUUCAUCAUCAGUUUGCCCCACCCAACUUGGACUGCUCGCCCAUCAGCAUGCUGAACCACAGCGGUGUAGGCGCCUUUAGGCCUUUUGCCUCACCUCCGGAAGAUCGAGAUGGGGCACCAGGGGGUUAUCAGUCGGCUUUCACUCCAGCCAAGCGCCUCAAAGGCUGCCUGGAUGCAGAAGCUUCACCUCACCUGCGUUACUCUGAUGCUGAAGGGAAAGAGUAUGACUUUGGUGGCACCCAGAUCCCUCCUGGAGGCUCACCCAGCAGCGCCUUGAAAGCAGUCGAGGACAGCGGGAAAAAGAUCUUUGCCGUGUCAGGCCUCCUGUCCGACCGAGAGACUUCCUCCAGCCCAGAAGACCGCAUUGAACGCUGUAAAAAGAAGAUGUCCCUUUAUGACAGCCAGGCUCCAGUUUGUCCUAUCUGCCAAGUGCUGCUGAGGCCCGGAGAGCUGCAGGAACACAUGGAGACAGAAAUCGAGAGGCUAGCCUCCAUAUGUCUGAGUAAGAACCCCUCAUCCAAGGAUGGUGUUGCCACUCCAGGAACUCCCAAGUCUAUGCUUUUGUCUGUGCACAUCAAGAGAGAGGGGGAAUCUCCGGUGGUGUCACCACUUUCAUCUGAGGAUGCCCACCACUCCGACAGAUAUCAGACAUUUUUACGAGUUCGGGCAAACAGGCAAACGAGAUUGAAUGCUCGUAUAGGCAAGAUGAAGAGGAGGAAGCCUGAGGAGGGUGGGCAGGUAUGUCCGCUGUGCAGCGCCCCAUUGGCUGGGAGCGAGGAGGAGAUGAGUAGACAUGUGGAACAAUGCCUGAUCCAGCGUGAGGGAGCUUUGGCCGAUGAAGACUCUGCAGACAUGGAUGGAGAAAACGGGCGGGGCUUCGAUGAGUAUGAAUGGGCGGGGCAAAAGAGGAUCCGAGCCACAGCUUUACUGGAGGGAGGCUUCAGAGGAACUGGAUUUGCCACAUGCAGCAUCAAGGAGAGCGCGGCAGAUAGCGAUGCUGACCUUGACGUGGACGGAGACGAUACGUUGGAGUACGGAAAGGCACAGUACACCGAGGCCGACAUUAUCCCCUGCUCUGGCGCCGGCGAGGAUCAAGGAGAAGCCCGGGAGAGGGAAGCGCUACGAGGAGCUGUGCUCAACGGCGGGAUGCCUUCCAACAGAAUAACGCCAGAGUUCUCCAAAUGGGCAAACGAUGAGAUGCCUUCAACGAGCAAUGGGGAGAGCAGCAAGACAGAGCCCAGCACUCCAUCAUCAUCCUCUUCUUCUUCGAAUGCUCCACGAACCUGUAAAAACAGCGAAAUUGAGAAGGUGACAGAGGAAGAGUCCACAGCUACCACUAUGGAGGCUCUGAAGGCCCGAAUCCGGGAGCUGGAGAAGCAGAUCCUGCGAGGAGACCGAUACAAGUGUCUUAUCUGCAUGAGAAAGCCUGCUCUCAAGCCAGGCGCAGAGAUCAAGAGCAUAGGGGUGUGGUCGGGCGCCCGGCCACUGGCCAAUAAGGUUGGAGAGAGGCAACCUAAGUCCCUCCCCCUCGGCCUGUACUGUCUGUACAGGGGCCUUGUGAUUGGUGGCUACGGCAGCAGCAUAAAGAGGCUCCUUCCUCAACCCCUACGGAGGGACUCCUACACGAUGCCUCUCACGUCUAUCCAGUGCUGGCAUGUCCAUUGUGAAGAGUGCUGGCUUAGGACUUUGGGGAACAAGAAGCUAUGCCCGCAGUGCAACACCAUCACCUCACCUGGAGACCUGAGGCGUGUCUACCUGUAAAGAGCUCAGCGGCUGCCUCUUCAUUCUUCCAGUUCUCUCAUUCUGGACUCCACCUCUUCCCAGUCACAAUUAAUUUUCUCCUGUGGACUGUAGGUUCUAAGCCUCUGAGAGCAUUCUGAGACAAUGUGGCGGUCUCUGAGGCUCCCCUGACUCUUUUUGGAGGCUGACACUCUUUAAGAGGUGACUUGUGGAUACUUGCUGACUGAUCGUUUAUUUGCAUAAAGAGAAGGAAAUAUGGAAUCCAGAAGUCCAGGAUUCUUAACAGAUUUCUUCUGCUGAAGGACUUCUAUCAAUGGAGACUCUCACCGACCCAACCCAAAAAAAAAAACAAGUCCUGCUGACUCCUGAUAGCUUCAUGCUGCUGGGGAUGAACUUUUUCCCGUGCUUCUUCAAAAUUGACUCUAGCUGGACAGCAGGUGCAACACUGAUGACUUGACAGAAAGCUUCUUUGUGUUAAUUUCUUUUUUAUGUUUUUUUUUUUCCUGUUUUAAAAAUGCUAAUUCUCUCCACACAGAACUUCUGCUUGAGUGUUUCAAAAAGAAAAUUAGACCAGCCACCCAAGAUUGAGCUUUCAACCAAACUGAGAAUACCCUCAGAAUCUUUGAAAAGAAGUUUGACACUUGCUGUUCUCCACUCCUUCUUUUCCUAAACCUCUUUUGUCCCUUUUUGUGGUGUUCUAGUGAAGUAAACCAAAAUUCUCUCCCAUCCAAAAUGCAGUGCAAGCACAUGUAAUAUAGUUCUAUGUAAGUUUACAAUGUUGGGUGUAAAUGACAUGGAGUUCAGACACACUUGUACACUCACACACAUCACCAUUAAAAGACUCACAUCAAAGUAUACAUUCAAAUCGGUUUGUUUGUUUUUUUAAGUCAGAGGCCAGUUUGGGAGUAAUGUAUUGGUUGGGAAAAAAUGGCUGAAAUAAAAAGCCUUCUGUAUUUUUGAAAAAAAAAAAAAAAAGAUCAUACAAGAUCUGUGGAAGUUUUAUUUGAAUGUACAGGAAUAAAAAGAUAAAAUAAUAAAUACUCAAGAUUAGAUGGUUGAGAUUUAGGUGAUCUAGCUUUUCUGCAGGAUGCCCUGAGGAACUAUUUUAGAUCAUAAAGCAAGGACAGAUGUUAGUUUUUAAUUGAAAGGUGAGAUUCCUCUUGUCCAGCAUUUCCUGGAACCACGCAGACCAUUGAUAAUGUUCUUUGAAACAUUUUCCAGCCAAGCUUCUUCUGUUAACCAUUUCUUCCUCAUCGAAGUUGGAGUAACGCAAUGAUCAGAUCAUAGUUAACACUUAUUUUUUAUCCCUUACCUGUCUCAAAUGGAAAGUUUUCCUAAUAUUCCCACAAUGGUGUGCUACAUAAAGGGAUCCCAAGGAAAAGGUCCAGUUGCAUACUUUUCUUUUUUGUAAGACAUGAGUAAAGGCUCUUUAAAAGAAAGAUGCCCAAGGCUGUACUGGCAAUCUCAAAAACCCAUGGCAUUUUCCCUUUCGCCCCUUUACUGCAGCGGCAUCAGCAGCCAAGAUGGUCGUGUGCUUUGUGUUUGUAAACCUAUGUAAUCUGUGAUGUCUGUAAUGUUGUAAGAAAUAUUGAAAAAAAAGAAAAAUAAAACUUCUCAAAUA